AUGCCCGCCGUGCAGCCCUCCCGCAACGACGAGUACUUCUGCAGCGCCGUGAACGUCACCGGCGAGGAGCUGUACAUUACCCAGUUUGACCCGAACGCCGACGCCACCAAGAUCCACCACAUCAUCAUCUACGGCUGCGGCGACCUCUACUCGCGCAGUCACAUCUACCCCAACUCUUGGUCCUGCGCCCACUCGCUCCUCUGCCCCGGCAUGAAGAUCAUCUACGCGUGGGGCCGAAAUGCGCCCUCGCUGACGUUGCCUAAAGGCGUUGGCUUUCACGUCGGCAGCCGCUCCGAGGUGCGCUACCUGGUGCUGCAGGCGCACUACGCCACGCCCCUCAAGGAGAAGGACUCCAGCGGCGUCAGUCUGCUCUACACGCUCAAUCCGCAGCCCAACGUCGCCGGCAUCUUCCUGCUGGCCGCCUCCAGCGGCAUCAUUCCGCCAAACAAGCCUAAAUCACACCUCGACGUGAACUGCGUCCUCGACCGCGACCCGAUCGCCGUCUUUGCCUACCGCGUGCACGCCCACUCGCUGGGGGCGGUGAUCAGCGGCUACCGCUACGACAGUCAGGAGCGCUCCUGGACGGCCCUUGCGAAGGGGAAUCCCCAGUGGCCGCAGGCCUUCUACCCACGGACCGAGGGCGAGGUGGUGGUCUCCCGGGGCGACCUCCUCUUUGCCCGGUGCACCUUCAACUCGACGGGGAAGGACACCGUCACCGUCAUCGGCUCGACGGCCGCCGAUGAGAUGUGCAACCUCUACCUGAUGUACUACUCGCCCAACAAUCUGCUGAGGGAAAGUGGAUCGAGGCAUUCCAGAAUUGGUGAAAGUCGAGUCCAAGAACUUUGCAGCGGCGUCCAGCUGGCCAGCAAGGACUACGAGCUGCCGCUCGGAAAUGACGUGCCGCUGCCGCGAAAUCGAACUCUCGAGGAGUCGGCCCGAGGGCAGAACAGCAUUCACCACCAACAUUCGACGACUCAAAGUGGUGGUCAACAUCCUCAUCCUCAUCCUCACCCUCACAAGUAUUUGCCCAACCUCAAUCGACCCAUGAAGCUGAGGUUGCCCGAAGGAACCAACUGGCCGAUGGGCGCUUCUACUUUUGGCCAGGUCACAGCGGUGGACGUCGACGAGGCGGACCGCCUGGUGAUCUUCCACCGGGGGAGGCACGUCUGGAAUGGCCGUUCCUUCAGCAUGGACGACCGCUACCGGCUGGUGGAUGAGGGCCCGAUCGCCGAGGACACCAUCGUCACCAUUGACCGGAGCUCGCAGAAGGUCGUGGAGACGUGGGGCUCCGGCCUCUUCUACCUGCCUCACGGGCUGACGGUGGACAAUUCGAAAGCUGGGGAAAAAUAUCUCUGGCUGACGGACGUUGCCCUGCACCAGGUCUUCAAGUACGACCUGAGCAGCCCCGGCUCGGCCACCUACCGGCGGCCGGUGCUAACUCUUGGAGAGCGUUUUGUGCCCGGAAAGGACAUGAAGCACUUCUGCAAGCCCACCUCGGUGGCGGUCGACCAGGGGACGGGCGAUUUCUACGUCGCCGACGGCUAUUGCAACAGUCGGGUGAUGCGCUUCAACGCCGCGGGCGUCUUUCAGAAUCACUGGGGCCACCCGGCGGAGUACGCUUUCGGCCCACCGCCGGCCAAGCCCGAGGCGAACAUGUUUCAGAUUCCGCACAAGAUUGUCAUUGUUCCUCCUCCGAUUCAGCAGACGUCUUCCUCGUCUUCCUCAGCUUCCGCUUCCGCCUCAGCCCAAAGCGAGUCGCUGGCCUGCGUCGCCGACCGCGAGAAUGGCCGCAUCCAGUGCUUCAGCCUGCCCUAUGGCUACUUUAGGUUCCAGAUUCGCCUCGAGGAGGAGUUCAAUGGCCGCCUCUUCUCAGUGGCCUACUCGGCCCCCGAUCGGACGCUGUACGCCGUGGCGGGGCCCUCGUUGAUGGACCCCUCGAGGGACGUGGCCGCCUUUGCCUUCAACGUCGACACGCAGCAGCUGAGGGCCACCUUUGCGCCUCCUUCAGGGAGCUUCUCACAGCCGCACGACAUUGCCGUGUCGCACUCCGGCGACGCCGUCUACGUGGUGGAGAUUGGCCCCAACAACAUUUGGAUGUUCCUCCAAGAUACCUCUGACGACCCUUCCGCUGUGGAAGAGGAUCAGGAGGUGGCCAAGGACGGCACCGCUGUCCAACAAAAGCAGCUGCCUUCUUUGCCCGUCGUUCCUGAAUCGCCUUCUUCUUCAAAGUCCGCCUCCAACUUUCUGCCGAGCAACUCG